UGAUGGAGUAAUUUAUUAUUAGUAACAACUAACAAGUCAUCAACCCUACUAGACCUUGCACCCUAUAGUACAAUGAACUUCAAUCCGAUCAAUAAUUAUAGCCAAGAAAAUCAAGUUCUAAUGGCGAAUCGCCAUGACGACGUAUGCCAAACAUUCCUUUAUCCCUUCCCAUAGUCAUAACUCUUGCGGUCUUGCUGCGGCAUUGACAGUGUGAAGUACUGAACGAUUUAACAGGUUCGUGUUUAAAAAUACUAAUAAUUUACCAUUAAUUAAAUAAGCAAAGUUUAAUAUUAAAAUUUUCAGUCAUAAUGCGGGUAACGGGUUCCCGUGCCUACUCUAGAACAACUCCGGUACCUAAGAUGCCUUCAGGUCUGGUCGAACUUAUGGAAGACCUAUCCAAAGAAGUUCUUAAAAAUAAUCCAGAAAAUAUUUAUGAUUUUUGUGCUGCUCAUAUGUCAAAGUUAUUAGAAAUUAGGAAUGGAACUUCAAUCGUGAAAAAUGUAAUUUCCUUAAAUGAUAAAAUUCAAAUAGUGCAAGAAAAAAUGAGGCAAAAAGCCCAUGAACGUCGACAAAGAUACGAUAAGGCCAGUGAGAAGACUGAAAAGAUCAUAAUUGAUAAAAACUUUUCAGAGUCAGUUACGCCAUCUUCUAUUGAAGAAAAACCUUUACCAACUAAAGCAGAAUGUGUCGUGCUAUCAUCACCCAUUCCACAUGAUGAUGAAUUGAUUUCAGUAGAAAAUUCGAAAAAGGAAAUCUUACAUGAAACUAUCUCAGGUUCAGUGAACAAUAAAGUAAAUGAAAAACCAACAAAAAUAAAAUCAGAUGAUAUCAAUGUAGAUUCGUCAAAUAAAGAAAUUAUUUCACAGUUGAGUGUACUUAAUUGUGAAAAAAAAAUCUAUGAGAUUGAAGGUGAUAACUUAGAUACCACUAAUGCACUAGGAAAGGAUGAUGAAAAUGGCGAAAAUGAGCCAAGCCAUAAAUUGACAAGUGAUAUUGUGUCCUCAAAACAUUCGAAUGAUAAAGCAGAAAUGCAAAGUAUGAAUCAAAUAACUUGUGAAAUGAAGGAACUGGACAAAGAAGUAAAAAUGGAAAUUCCUAAAACUCAAGAUGAAUUUAAACAGUCUGAAUGCGCAAAUAAAAUGGCUGAAGUUGUAGUGCCUGUUACUACAAAUAUUGAAGACGUGUGCGGUCAGGAAAAUCGAUCAAAAGAAGUACCAAAUGACAACUCAAAAGUUCCUGGUACUGAGCUUUCUGAUGCAGAUACUAUAAUUGAAGGUGAAUCGAGUACAAAUAUAUCGAAAGAAGGCAAUGAAUCUCAUCAAGUUAUAAACGCUAUUACAGAAAGUGAACAAAAAACAAUUAUUUCUGAAGACACUUGUGACACGAAUUCUGAGAAAAUAAAUCUAUCAGAAAACUACAACAUAACAGUUGAAAAUGAAAUUCCUAAUGCUGCCUUAGAAAAAAAUUCAAUAAUUGAUUCCAGUACAACAAACGAAUUACAAUCGCAUGAAAAUUUAUCUGCAGUAAAAGAGAACGAUGAUAGUAUUGAAUCAAAAAUUCAUAAAAUUUUGGAAGAACCGACAGACAGAACAGAUACUGUGACACACUUUGAAAGUGAAGCAAUGAAAGAUAACACCUCUCAUGUGGACAUUGUUGAGCCAAAUACAAGUAUGGAUCUUGAGACAGCAGCAAUAACCAUUCAAAAGGUUUUUCGUUCUUUUCUUUUCAAAAGUAGAGCAUCAACUUGCGAUUCACACGAUGGAACUAAUUCGCUCGAAGAUGAUAGUGAGAAAAAGGAAUUAAAUGAGUUUUCUAAUUUGAAUAUCGUUAAAGACAGAAGAGGCAUAGGCUUAACGAGAAUGGACACUGUUCUUCAAACAGUAAAUGAAGAAAAAUCGUUGUCAUUAUCUACAGACGACUCUUCCACGUUAUCAAGUGCAGCUACAAUUAUUCAAGCUCACGUUCGAGGAUUUCUGGUUAGAAACAAAUUUAAAUCUAAUAAUACACUCUCAAGUAAUUCUGUACCUAAUUCCGAUAUUUCCGCACGUCACGACAAUGAAACUGAAGCACAAAAGUGUAAAACAGUGUUAAAUAUUCACAUUGUACCUGACGGAGCUGUAUCUAAUCUCAGUCGAGAUGAAAGUAUUCUGACAUCUAUGGAGCUAUCUUUGGAUGGCAGUCCUCCUUCGUCAGUAAAUUUACACCCUCUGGGUUAUAACAAGAGUGAACCUAGAAAACAGCUUAAAAGAGAAGAUGCUAUCCAAUCAGUGUCCCCGCCAAGCAAUAAUAGUGGGAAGCUAAGUGAAGAUGUUGAUUCCGUAAAAGAAAUUUUGAUUAAUGAAGUUAAUGCAAAUAAUUCUUCUGGACAGAGCACAGAAGAUUUAACAAUAGAAAACAACGAGGAACAUAAUCAACAAUUUAAAAUAAACAAAGAUGUGGAGGAAUGUAGUAUACUGGCUGAGAACGUAGUUAAGGAUGCUGUUCACGGUAAAGUAAUUAAUGGACAAGACAACCCAACCGAAACGAAGAAGGGGAAUAUACUAAAAAAGAUGACUUCGGAUGAAAUGGACGUGGUAACACCGUUUGUGAAUAGUGUUAAAAAAAAUGAAAGUACGUCACUGUUAAAUUCUGGCGAGUUACAUGAUGCAGUGCUUCCGACUAAAGUGUUACGUAAUGACACAUCAGUCGUCCGUGGUGAGUGAGGACAUCUAUUAUAUCAGAGUUUAAAGCAGUAUUGGUGUAUUUUAUACUUUGGGAUAAAUAACAUUAGUAUCAUACUUCCACAUCUAACAGCACAUUUUUAUUUAGUAAAUUGUUAAAGCAUUU